AGGCAUCUUUGCCUGGGAGGGAUCUGCUGUCAGAGCCACCCAGGAAAGGAGGCCCGAUCCACUCAUUAAUAUUCCAAACUAGUGACCCUUCUCCUUCUUCCCAGCCCUUCCCUUUCUGUGGGCUCUCCCUGCCGCGGAUGGCUGCAGCCCCCUCCAGCUGAGCCGAUCCUCCCUCCCCGCAGCAUUGCAGCACCUCCGCAGCUCCCUGCGCUCCUGCUCCUGCAGCACCCGCUCUGCUCCGCCGCAGCAGCAUGGCCAGCACCGUCUCAGCCUACAAGGAGAAAAUGAAGGAGCUGUCUCUGCUCUCCCUCAUCUGCUCCUGUUUCCACACCCAGCCCCAUCCUAACACCAUCUACCAGUAUGGAGAUAUGGAGGUGAAGCAGCUGGAUAAGAGGGCAUCAGGCCAGAGCUUCGAAGUGAUCCUGAAGUCCCCUUCAGAUUUAUCUCCUGAGAGCCCGAUCCUCUCCUCCCCUCCCAAGAAGAAGGACCUGUCCCUGGAGGAGCUGCAGAGGAGGCUGGAGGCUGCAGAGGAGAGGAGGAAGACCCAGGAGGCUCAGGUGCUGAAGCAGCUGGCGGAGAAGCGGGAGCACGAGCGGGAAGUGCUGCACAAGGCGCUGGAGGAGAACAACAACUUCAGCCGCCUGGCCGAGGAGAAGCUCAACUACAAGAUGGAGCUGAGCAGGGAGAUCCGUGAAGCACAUCUGGCUGCCUUGAGGGAGCGGCUCCGCGAGAAGGAACUGCACGCAGCUGAGGUCCGCAGGAACAAGGAACAGCGGGAGGAGAUCUCUGGAUAAAGGGCUUUUCUACACAUCUAGCACCUGAUUCCUGAUUAACAAACCAACCAAUCGACCAACCAACACAUUUGAUUUUGUUUGUCUAGAUGCGACCUUCGAUCCUCCAUCCUUCCCCCCCCACUCCCCUGGUGUUCGUCCCCCAGCUACACGCUUCUCUAUCUCUGCAUCCUUAAUGUCAGUACUUGUGAGGAUUCACAGAUCAUAGGGACCUCUAAGCAGAAUAGCAACUAGUUCACAUGAAAUAGAGAAUCAAUCGAUCGAUCAGUCAAUCAAACAGCUUCUUUGGAGGGUUUUGUCCUUUUUUAAAAACCAAUAUUUCUUAAACUGAUGUAAAAAGAAGAAUUCAUAAGAUAUUAAUAAAUUCAACCAGCAGUGUCA